CUCUGGACUCCACUGCACCACGUCUGGACCUCCACAGCUCCACUAGAUUCUGCAACAGCAGAAGCAUAUCCAUCCACAGGCCCCUCGCGCAGCAGAGAGCUUUCUUCCGUUCCAUCAUGGGCGGAGUCGUCGGAAAGGGGAGCACGCCCGUUCCCGAAUACGAUGUUCUCGGACAUGGAGCCAGUUACGAGCUUCGCGCCUACGAUGGCUAUGUCGUUGCCGAGGUGGAGAACUCCGGGGAGGGCUCCGAGGAUGACCGAUUCAGGACGCUGGCCAAGUAUAUCGGGGUCUUCGGCAACCCGGCGAACAAGGUCGCCGGGGGCGACGCGGGGGAGAACAUCGCAAUGACAGCCCCGGUCGUUACCGGGGACCCCACGCCCGACUCCGGCAAGAAGAUUAGCAUGACCGCGCCGGUCGUCGUAGGGCCCGGGACUGGCACAAGCACGAUGCAGUUCAUCAUGCCCAAGCAGUUCAAGAGAAUCAGCGACCUGCCGACACCCACAGACAGCCGCGUUUCCCUCCGGGAAGUGCCGGAAGCUGUGUACCUCGUGCAUCAGUUCUCGGGAAACAUGGGCAGGGGGGACGGCCACGAUGCCAUCGCCGAGCGGGAGCGGAUAGUCGCCGUGGAGAAGGUUGCCUCGGAGGGCGGCGCGUUCUCUGAGUACGUCUCCGCCGACUCGAAGUUUUUGGUGGCCAGGUAUGACCCUCCCUGGACUCUCCCCUUCCUGAGGACGAACGAGCUGUGGUUCCCGGUGCCCCUCUCCCCUACCGAGGCGACGGCAAAGCUUCCGACCGCCUAAAAAGACGACGACGAAUGUGUUCCCUGUUCUUUGAAAGUGUUGGACUACAAAGGACAUUCUUUUUCUUUUUUUUUUUGAAACUUUUGGUGCUCUUGUGACUGCGAACUCAGGAGUCCAGGAGAGGGCAGAAUCGCACACAGGGCGGCAGGCGGCUUUGCUGCUGCUCGAAUGAGGAUGUUCCGUGGGUGUUUCACGUGGUAAAGGUUUUGGUUUUCUGGCGGUGCCCUGCUGUCCGUCUGCGUUUUCCUGUGUCCCAUGCGUGAAAAGGUGUGAACUGAAAACCUUGGAGUAGUUUUUCAGAAUUUGUAUAUAUUCCGCCGGGAUUAUGUGGUUGCACUGUAGACAGCCUGUUGCUUUGUUUUGUUCUGGGAGAAUUUUGAUGGACGCGUUUUGUGACAUCCGUGUUGUUGGUUUCCCGUGCCUCGUAAAAUUUCAAAGCAUGUUUGGUUUUGCCCCCCCUGAACCGGCAUUGUAUGGUCGAGCUCAUGAGUGUUUUCACUCUAACGAGAGCGGCGGGUGCAUGGUAAUAUACGAGGGUAACUUUCCAACAUUUUAUCGUUGUUACGGGGUUUGAAUUUUCAAGGAUGGAGGGACGUUCCUCGGAGAGAUUGAUGGGUUAC